CAUCUUUUGUCCUCAAGAAAAUACAGAAGAAGCCUUACUGUUGCUGCUUAUUAGUGAAUCUAUGGCUAACCGUGAUGCUGUACUGAGCAGAAUACCAGAACACAAAAAUGAUCGUAUCAUCAGUUUGCAAAGUGCAUCCGUAGUCUACGAUUUACUUACAAUAGCUUUGGGAAGAAGAGGCCAGUAUGAAAUGCUCUCAGAGUGUUUAGAAAGAGCCAUGAAGUUUGCAUUUGAAGAAUUCCAUCUCUGGUAUCAAUUUGCAUUGUCCUUGAUGGCAGCAGGAAAAUCUGCUCGAGCUGUUAAAGUCUUGAAGGAAUGUAUACGUUUGAAACCAGAUGAUGCAACUAUUCCACUCCUUGCUGCAAAGCUCUGUAUGGGUUCUCUCCACUGGUUGGAAGAAGCUGAAAGAUUUGCCAAAACCGUUGUUGAUCUUGGGGACAAAACAUCAGAGUUCAAAGCAAAAGGCUACUUGGCACUGGGAUUGACCUACAGUCUGCAGGCUACUGAUGCAUCUUUGCGAGGGAUGCAGGAGGUCUUGCAGAGAAAGGCUCUUCUUGCAUUUCAGAGGGCUCACAGUUUGUCUCCUACGGAUCAUCUGGCAGCAUUUUACUUGUCACUGCAGCUUGCAAUAUCCAGACAGAUACCAGAAGCUUUGGGUUAUGUUCGUCAGGCUCUGCAGCUACAAGGAGAUGAUGCCAACUCUCUUCAUCUCCUUGCACUCUUGCUAUCAGCCCAGAAGCACUAUCAUGAUGCUUUGAAUAUCAUUGAUAUGGCCUUGAGUGAAUAUCCAGAAAAUUUUAUACUACUGUUUACAAAAGUCAAAUUGGAGUCCCUGUGCAGAGGCCCAGAUGAAGCACUCCUGACCUGUAAACACAUGCUGCAGAUUUGGAAAUCCUGCUACAAUCUCACUAACCCAAGUGAUUCUGGACGUGGGAGCAGCCUGUUAGACAGAGCUAUUGCUGACAGACGACAGCUUAACACAAUUACAUUACCAGAUUUCAGUGAUCCUGAAACAGGUUCAGUCCAUGCCACAUCAAUAGCAGCUUCCAGAGUGGAGCAAGCACUGUCUGAGGUUGCUUCAUCUCUGCAAAGCAGUGCCCCUAAACAAGGUCCCUUGCAUCCUUGGAUGACUCUGGCUCAGAUAUGGCUUCAUGCAGCUGAAGUCUACAUAGGAAUUGGGAAGCCUGCGGAGGCCACAGCGUGUACCCAGGAAGCAGCUAAUCUCUUCCCCAUGUCGCACUAUGUUCUGUACAUGAGAGGUCAGGUGGCUGAACUUCGUGGCAAUAUCGAUGAAGCCAAACGCUGGUAUGAAGAGGCCUUAUCUAUUAGUCCCACCCAUGUGAAAAGUAUGCAGAGGCUGGCUCUGAUACUUCACCAGCUCGGGCGCUUCAGCUUGGCAGAGAAGAUUCUCAGAGAUGCCGUCCAGGUGAACUCCACAGCCCAUGAGGUCUGGAAUGGCCUGGGAGAGGUGCUGCAGGCUCAAGGCAAUGAUGAUGCCGCAACUGAAUGCUUCCUGACGGCGCUGGAGCUUGAAGCUAGCAGUCCCGUGGUGCCCUUCACCAUCAUUCCUAGAGUCCUUUGAGAGGGCGUCUUGAUCAACUGAGUUUGGUCUGACUUUUGGGUGAGGAAACCCAGUGUAUCAGGCUGCCUGGGAACUGGUUAGUUUUGAAAAACUUUAGAGCUACAGGUAACUCCGGUUGUUUGCAGGAAAGUGGCAAAAAACAGUGACAUGAUGCAAUGUAUUGAUGGUAGACUGAGAGGACAAGAUGGCUAGCCAGAACCAAACUGCUCAUAUCGCCUCCAUUUUUGCCCUGGUAGUUGUUUUAAAACAUCAUUAUAUUGUUCAUGGAUGAUGUGCCAUAUUUUGUUAGUGAUACUUGAGUGUUACAUAAAAUUAUAAUGGAAUCAACUACCAAGUGUAGAAAAAGUUACAAUUCAGUGGCUGACCAGACUAUUUUUAACAAGUCCAUUAACAAAACUGUUCUUGUUCUGCCUCUCCACCUCUUUUGGCUCAAAGUCAAAAUGUGAAUUUUUCUGUUUCCAUCUCUGUUUUAGUCCAGGCCAGAAAAUCAGUUGAGUUCUCAUUUUUAGUUGUUAAUAACUGUGGUGUGUGGCUAACUGUUAUCUCUAUUUAGAGCAAAGGCUGAAUACAAGAAUAUUUAUAUUUUACCAAUGUAUGCCUGUUACAAAAGAUAUAUUAGUUAUUUAAGUUUAACUUUUUUAUGUGAAUUCAGAGUUUAUUUAUCAAUGGAAAUAUGUAAAAAAGAAGCCUCAAAUGGAAUAUUUACCGACAUUCCUUAUACAUGACCCACACUUGGCUAAAUGGGAAGAUUAUGUUAAUAAUAAAAUGAUUUUUAAAUGGAA